AUGUCGUUUUGUGCCAACUGUGGAGGCAAGCUGGGGGCUGGGGCACGCUUCUGCAACGGCUGUGGCAAGCCAGUUCAGGCGCCCUCAUGCUACCAGUGCGAGAAGCCCAUCGCCGGCAAGGUGCUCAACGUCGACGGGGAGCCCACGUGCGAGAAGUGCAACGCUGAAAUGGAUGCUGCUAUCGGCCAGGCCCUCACCAACGCGCAGUCGGAACACAGCAAGUAUGGCGGCUUCAUAGACAGAAAGUACUCGCCCUGCUUUUGUGCACGUGUUCUGUUGUGCGUGCAUUCAAAAUGUAUGUCGUCUGGUAACCGGCGGUACCUUGAGUGCAGGUUUUGA